UUUAUAAAUAAAAAGGAGAUCAAUGGCGGAGGAUCAAGCAACGGCGGCGUUGAAAACAUCGACGGUGGAGAAGCAGCCGGAGACGACGGAGGCUGAGCCACCGAGAGUCACGACAACAACAAAAAGGAUGCUGGUUGCCAUAGACGAGAGCGAUUCGAGCUUCUAUGCUCUUCAAUGGGUCAUUGACCAUUUCUCUAGCCUCUUAAUGACCACUGAGGCAGCUGAAGCAGAAGGUGACCUGCUCACGGUGGUUCAUGUGCAGUCUCCGUUCUAUCAUUUUGCUGCUUUCCCGGCUGGACCCGGAGGUGCAACAGCAGCAGUCUACGCAUCGACCGCGAUGAUAGAGUCGGUGAAAAAAGCACAACAGGAGACCUCUGCAGCUCUUCUCUCUCGUGCACUCAAAAUGUGUCGAGCCAAACAGAUACGCGCUGAAACUCUGGUGCUUGAAGGCGAUGCGAAGGACAUGAUUUGCCAGGCGGUGGAGCAAAUGCACGUUGAUCUUCUCGUUGUCGGUAGCCGUGGCCUCGGCAAGAUCAAAAGAGCGUUUCUUGGGAGCGUUAGCGAUUACUGUGCUCAUCACGCCAAAUGUCCCAUCCUUAUCGUAAGGCCACCAAAGGAGAUAACCAGUUAAGUAACAAAGUCUACUACUGUAUGGGCGAAAGUGUGUCGCACGUACUUGUGUUUGAAAUUUCAUGAGCGUGUGGUAUGUCAACCUGUGAUUUGUGUUGUGACUAAAAAGUGUGUACCAAAACUGAAUAAACUGAUGCGAAAUCGCUUGAAGCAUCAAAUACUUAUCUAUUCGAAA